AAGUGUCCCCACAUUUAACAUUAGAUAGCUUAUUUUUCUGAUCAUUAGACAAAAUUUAGUGAUGAUGGCAACUUUCAAAAAAAAAAAAAAAGUGAGAAGCAGAAAGGUUUGGUUGAGCCCACAGAAUUGUGGUAAGAUGACUUAAAUCUAUGCUGUUAUAUAACAUGAGAUUCCAUCAAGUUUGGGAAGAUGGGAAAGUUUAUUUUUCUCUGCUUAGGUCCAGCUCUUUAUCAGUGUAGUCUUUGCUUGCCUCUAAAUCAACUUUGUCCAUCUCUAUUUAUAUCUGAUGUGGGCUGUGAAUGUCACCUGGGAGAAAAGCGACGCUCAGAUCUUCUAGGAGAAUGAGAGCAAAUGGGAGGUGGAGGGGCAUACUAGACCAACAACAUGUAGGACAAAAUUGUAUUUUACAAAGAAAACAUAUACAAAUAUAUAUAUUUGUUGUAAUGUGACAAAUUGUGGAGAAGUUCAGUGGGUAAUAAUACUUUUGCAGAGCACUGUAUAGUAAUGUUUGCAUGUGGCUGCAGGCUACACAAACAGAUUAGUUUCCUUAUCACAUAGCUCUGCCCUCCAACAGCACUUCCAUACCAGGGACAAACAUGACUUGGCAUUAGUACCACAGGGUUUUGUGUUAUACACAUGGAUGUUUAUUGGUUAAUGCAGCUGUUUUGGCUCAGGAUGCAACUUGGAAACAUGCAUCAGGUAUUCCAUAGUUUUUGCUGUAGGCCAGACAGACAGGAUGAAGUACUCUGAGGCUCAUCUUUCUCCUGUGGGGUCAGGAAGCAAGAACAUUUUAAGAACAAUGUACAAAAACAAACCUACGCAUAAAAAGGGACAUGUUGGGGCAAAAAGACUGUAAAAUAAAUAUUCAAAACAAGAAAAAAGAAAUUUGUUGUUAGUAGGACACUAUUGUCCUUGUGGAAGAUGGUAGAUAAGGGCAGUAUAUUAUUGUAUAGCCAGUUACUACUUCACAUAUAGUACUGGUUUAAUGGUAUGACUAAAAGAAACUGCUGCGGUUUGCCCAAGUUUUUUUUAGGAUGAGUUGGCAUUUAACAAAGGAGUUUCCUGCCCAAACAUGCAUAUAUGUGAAGGUAAGCAGUUUGGAUGCCUCUUGUUUGGUUGUGUGGUCUUCUGAACAACUGUGCUUAUUCAAUUUUAUUACCAAUCCUUGGUUCAACACACAACAGCAGAUUAAUUCCACACAACACGCAGAGCAGAAAACUGGUCCUGGUCGUGUUUUUGGAGAGGAGACAGUUGGUUGAGCAGGUAGGAGGCAGACUCAAGGCAAAAGCACAUAAUUGGCCCGGUCAGGGUGCGUAAUCCUCAAGUGUUAUUCCCAGACGGCACGGCAGAGACCGAACCCUGUGCACAGGGAAGUCAGGUGCAGGCUAUUGUCAUUGCAAGCUUGUGCCCAAACCAGAAAACUGGCAGCUUUAGUGUAAAACAGUGAGCCUAACUGAUUGUCAGGUGUGUAACGGUGUAAAGAUUACUAUCUUUUAUUUGGUCAAAGGCUCAUUGUAGUUUCAACACUCUCAAAAUGAAACGUUUUCUUACCAUUGCAGCCAAAAAGUACAUUGACGUUUUACAUUUCCAUUAACAAUGUUCUGUACUCACCAGCUAAGAAGAACUAAUAACUCCGAGAAUUGUUGCAGAUGUUGCCUGUUAUUCAUGCCUGAAUUUUGGCACUGAAAGCCUAGUCAGUGGGGUGGGUGUAGCCCUCUGAGUCACAGUAAGGCAUGGCACUGAACCUGCACAGCAUAGCUCCUCCCAAGAUAUUAAAUUGCAGCGACCUGAGUUUAUUACUUUCUCUGUACAAAGUUAGGGAUGUUUACUUUGUAUGUUUGUCUUGAUUUUUGCUUUAACACAUGGUUUUUUCCUGUGCUUUCUUUUUUUAUUUCUCAUUCGCAUGUGAGUGAGUCAUUUCCUGUGAAGAACAACCCCACAGCCGGCAGCAUCAUAACACUAUAAAAAGCCUGUGUUUGUUUUUAUUUAAGAAAUCUCUGACACUGACAUGUUGAAGAUGAGCAACCAGGAGUUAAAAUUUCCAGUUACUCAACUGCAGCUUUAGAGUUGGAGAAGGAGUAUCAGAUUGCUCCUGUGUACAAGUCGCCAAAGAUGUCACGGCGGAGCCUGCGUCUGCAGAACAGUGCCAGUCAUUAUGGCACUGAGAGUAUGGCUGAUUACUCCCAGAACCACAGCAGCAGCUAUACCAGCACCAGGAAAGAGGCAAGGACGCCGCGAAGUAGAAAGCAGCAGUCCAUGUCCAGCUCUUUGUCUUUGAGCCAAAUUGCGACACCGAGACAGACCCUGUCCUUCUCAGCUGCCAGUACCCCGAUGACCAGCAGCAGAACAACUCAUGAAAGUGUCAGAGCAUCAGAUGUCUCACAGCUCGCAUCGGCUCUUGAGCCGUCUCACCUGAGGCAACGCAGAGUAACCACAACCACCACUACAACUACUGUGGAUGGACAGUGGGGGCAGCGCUCCAGCCACAGCUCAUCAAACAUCAAUGGAGACGCCAGCAUUUUGAAGUCCGGCGCCUCGCAGCCUAAUGGUUACAUCUGCAAAGAUUGCUCGUUUCACACUCAGAAAAAGACCUCCCAUGUCACACAGUCAUCAUUAUCAGCAUCAUCAUCAUCCUGCCAAGCAGCAGAAUUUUCCACUGAUGCCCUCUCUUCUGUAUCUUCACCUAACACAAGUAUUUAUACCAGAGACAGGAGUCAAAGGAACAAGACGGGUGUCCUGAUGUCAGUAUCUAACUCAUGUAUGCGCUACAGCAAAAAAGCCCUGGCCCCCAUUGUGUCCUUAGUCUCAGUUCUCUACAGCAGUUUGGUCUGGCUGGGUACAAGGACCAGGUUUUCAGGAGGAAAAGGGAUGUCAACGGACGUGUCAACAGGUGUCCAAGCCUCGUUCUCGGACUCCUUGAGACAAGCGUGGUCCUCGAGUUUGUCCAAACUUUGGCUGUUUAAGCAGACUGUUCUCCACAGGAUGAUGGGCUCCAAGGUUUAUAGCUUUGAAGAACAAGGUCACUCAAGCUUCUGUGGAAGCAUGAACGUGAAGGACCUGGUGACCGAAGAUGCAUCACAUCUUAAUCUCAAUGGUUCCCUGUGUGACGACCAUAAAGGCAAGCAGUACUCUGAGUCUCGCACUGUCGUCCUUACACAGACCUCUAGGUUAUGGCGCUUGGUGGGGGCGCUGUGGAGCAUCCUAGCUUAUGCAGGUUCCUGCCUGCUGCAACCCAGUCACUGUGUGCUUGGAGCUGGUAAAGCUAUAGAUUCAGGAGUUACCACAGCAGCACAGAGGCUUCUAUCAUUCUUCUGGAUGAUCCUAGCAGCCCCAGUAAAAGCAGGAAAGGGACUGCUGUGGUUUCUUGCAAGAGGAUGGUACCACCUGGUGUCCAUUAUGUCUCUCCUCAAUGUCUUCUUUCUGACUCUAUGCGUUCCCAAACUCUGGAAGCUCCUAUUGCUGCUUUUGCCUCUUUUACUACUUCUGCUUUUAUGGUGGUGGUUUCCAUCCACUGCUGCCCUGCUUGCCUACCUACCAGCCAUAAACCUCACCGAGUGGCGUUCUAUAUCUAGAUUCACCUUCUUCUCUGACUUGGCUGCCGUUCCCGCUGCUGUCCCUGCAACAGAGACUCCCAUGGAGCAGGCUCAUGUCUCUCCUGUCUCCCAAGCAACACCAAUCCUUCCUCCACUGACUGUCCACAGUGGUGUGGACCUGGAGCGUCUCGAACGUGUCGAGCAACAGUUGGCGUUGUUGUGGGAGAAAGUCCAGCAGAGACACCAGAAGCAGGAUCAGCAUCACAGUGAUAUUCUGGGUCUCUACGGUUCCCUCAGAGAGCAGCUCCAAAGUCAGAACGAGAGGGAGAGCUUUCAAGUGUGGGUGUCCUCUCUGAUGGAGCAGCGAAUGGGUGUGCUGCGAGGAGAGCUGGAACAGGAGAGCACAAACAGAGCGCAAAGUUCAGAGCAGCAGAAACAACAACAGGAAAGUCAGGCAACACGCUUGUCUGAUUUGGAGCUUCUGCUCAAGGCUUUGGCAACAAAGACUGAGGAGAUGCAGCAGAAGCAACAGCAGUAUGAGGACGAGACGAAGGAACAAGAGAAAGAGGCUGCAGUCACAGCUCCUAGCAGUGUGGGUGUUAAGCAGGAGGACCAUGAUGCUCUGCUGCUGGAGGUGCAGAGACUUGAAGCAGAGCUGAGUAAAAUCAGGGUAGACCUGCAGGGUGUUGCAGGAUGUAAGGGCAAAUGUGAGCAGCUGGAUUCACUGCAGGAGACUAUAUCGAAUCAAGUGUCCUCGCAGUUGCGGAAAGAGCUGCAGGCUCUGUUUUUUGGCAGCGGUGCAUCAGCAGAGCAGGGGGAGAUCCCCCAGUCUCUGAUCCACUGGUUGUCACAGCGCUAUGUGAGCACCCCUGACCUGCAGGCGGCGCUGGCCUCCAUUGAGCUGAGCAUCCUGAAGAACAUAUCGCUGCAGCUGGAGCACAGUCAAGCCCAGACUCUGGACGAGGCCGAGUCCAGAACCAGAAGCAUCGUUCAGACGGUAAAAGGGGCGGUCCAGCACACUUCUUCAACUGAGGGCCUGCCUGAGGAGCAUGUGAAACUGAUUGUUCAGAACGCCCUGAAGCUUUACUCCCAAGACCGGACGGGUCAGGUGGACUACGCCCUGGAGUCUGGAGGUGGUAGCAUCCUCAGCACUCGCUGCUCUGAGACAUAUGAAACAAAGACGGCCCUCAUGAGUUUGUUUGGCCUGCCACUCUGGUACUUCUCCCAGUCUCCACGUGUUGUCAUCCAGCCCGAUGUGUAUCCUGGUAACUGUUGGGCGUUUAAAGGCUCUCAAGGUUAUCUGGUGAUCAGGCUGUCCCUGAGGAUCCUGCCCACAUCCUUCUGUUUGGAACACAUUCCUAAGGCCCUCUCUCCAACAGGAAACAUCACCAGUGCUCCAUGCAACUUCACUGUCUUUGGUCUGGAUGAUGAGUACCAAGAAGAAGGAACAUUGCUUGGACACUACACAUAUGAAGAGGAUGGCGAGUCUUUGCAGUUCUUCUCUGUUAAGGAGAAAAACGACAAGGCCUUCCAGAUCAUCGAGGUGCGGGUUCUGUCUAACUGGGGUCAUCCAGAAUACACAUGCUUAUACCGCUUCAGGGUCCACGGAGAGCCUCGUCCCGAAUGAAGCAACCACCACCAGACGCACUAAUAAAACAACAUUACGCUCUAUCUGUAUAUAACUCUCACCAGCUUCUUUCAAAACGGAGGGGACCUCAUCGUGUGGAUAGUUUGGUAUGAAAGCCAUGAAGACAGAGAAGUUGUGGACUGUAAAAGCAAUGUGCGGAGAUGGAAUCAGAGAAGUAUGUUUAUAAAAUACUGAAAGAAUCACAGGGAAGUUUUGUAUCUGGACUGUAAAGGAAUGCAGAGAGAAAUGGAACCACAGAAGAAGCUAAAAGUCUUUUUUCAUUGCACUGAGUUGCUCAAGAGGGUAUCGAGACACACCUGAGCAGACAAAACCAACCCCACUUCUACAGGAAGGUGGACACUCUUAAAUAGGACGGGGAUUUCAGACUCAUUGCAGCCACCUGUUCAUUCUGCAUCUGAUUUGUUUUAGUUCUUUUACCCUUUUUAACUUUCAUAUUAGAAUCUGCUAUUUUUAGGAACAAGACCACUUUGUCUGUGCCUGAGAUGCUGUCCAGACACGUCACUCCCUUCGUUGCUGUGCUAACCUGAGAAGUCAACAUGCUAGGCUUUGCCUGAAUGCUUUGCCAUAGACUUUUGUUAAAGAACUGAACAUGCUGCCCGUGGAAAAGUUCAAGUACGGACCCAACGCAACUUUCCUUUAAUCACACUGAAACCACUGACCUUAGCUUUAUGUGAUGCAAACUUUAGGAUGCUCCUUACUACAUUCAGUACAAGACAUCUGCCAACAUAUGGCUCCUCCUCCGAACGCACUAUAAAAUACUACAUCCAUCAUGUACAGUGCCUUGCAAAAGCAUUGUUACAUUUUGUUACAAAUACAAACUCCACUGUGUUUUAUUGGAAUUUUAUGUGAUAGACCAAAGGAACCAGAUGUAUGGUUUUCACAUUUUAAAAAAUAAAAAUCCAAAGUGUUGUGUGCCUGUGUAUGCUAAACCUCUGAGUCAAUACUUGGUAGAACCACCUUUUACUGCAGUUACAGUUUGGAGUCCUUUGGGGAUAUUUCUGUACCAGCUUUCCUCAUUUAAAGGCUUAAUUCUUUGCACAAUAGCUCAUGCUCAGAUUUCAUGCAGAGUGUCUGUGAACAUCAAUGUUUACAUCUUGUGGCAGAUCAUCAGUUUGCUUAAGUCUGAUCUUUGACUGGACCAUUUUAACAAAUGAAUAUAAUUUGAUCUAAAUCAUCCUUUGGCUGUUAAGAGUUUUCCUGCUAAAAGGUGAACUUCUGUUUUUUUGACGGGU